GCCAGCUUUUGCAGAUUUGCAAACUUAAGUUGCCAAGAGUUCUUUUUAAUUAAACAAAGUUUUAACAUUUUCAAAACUUAAUUGUGGGAGUUACAACUUAUAAAUAAUAUCUUCACUUAGUUGAUUGUAAUCGUGACCACACGGUUUGAGUUAGUUAAUUAAAUAGUUUGUUGAACAAGAACAUGAACGUCAGUCAUAUCUAGCGAACAGUCGGUAUACCAGACGUCAAAGUAAACGCACUGACGUUGAUAAAAUUCAUAAUAAAAAUAUUCAAGAUAACUUGUGCUAUUUUCUAAUUUCUGGUGUAAAAUAUGGUUUGGUCUCGUCCACCGGGUGAUCUAAGAGUUUGGUCUACUGUUGAAGCUGUCAAGCCGGAUGGAAAAAAAAUAAAAUUCAUAAUUCAAGAAAUACCUCCGAGUAGAUAUGAAGAAGCUCUAGAUCAUUUGUGCACUGUUUUCAUCACAAGUGAGGCUAUAUGUCGAAGUAUCAAUUUGAUUGAUGAUGCUGAAUCAGUAGCUGAAGUACGAGCUUUUUGGACAACAGCUCUCAAUCAAGGAAUUUCGAUCGGUGCAUAUGAACUCGAUCAAAACAAUCAAAUAUCUAAAUUUGCCGGAAUGAAUGUACUGAUGAUGGGUGAUAAAGAUGAAGAUAAAACAAUCACACCUAUAACGAGUACCAUGUCCAAAAGUGAAAAGCUACUUACUUUCAUGCAAAACCUUUCUGCAGAAGUGGACUUUUGUAAAAAAUGGGGUGUCGAUUAUUAUCUGGGUGCUGCUGGAUUAGAUGUAGAUACAAAUUAUCGUCGCCUAGGAUUGGGGACACAUCUGUUAUUAGCGAGAGAUAAGAUAGCUGAAGCAUACAACAUUCCAGUGUCAUCAACAUUUUUUACUUCGCCAACCUCCCAAAAAACUGCCAAAAAAGCUGGAUUUGAAGUUUUCUGGGAAAAACGUUGGAACGACAUUGUUGAUGACAAAGGCAACGUUAUUUUUCCAGGACUUGGAGAUACGUAUUGUAAAGUAAUGGAGAAAAAAUUCAAGUAAAAUCUGAUAUAAGUAAUGAAAACUUAAUGUUAUGUAUGUGUUGUUCUAAAUAAAUACAACAGAAUAAGAGAA